CUGUACGAACUUAAUAAUCUACUUUCCUUUUGGUUGUAGUACAUUUAUACGUUCAUAAAUGUCAAAAUAACCUCGUCUAAUGAAAUAUGAUUGGUUAAGUACAUGACCUAAUUGUGGACAGGAGGAUUUAAUAGUUAAAUAAAGAUGCAACACGGUGUUUGGAAAAAUAUAUUUUAUUUUAUUUAGAGAAGACGAAUGGAUUAUUAACUGUUUAAUAUAAUGACUAUGAAGCCUACAGAGAAACGAAAUACUGUCGUUAUUGACCCCGGGAGUGACACACUUAAGGCUGGAUUUGCUGGGGACGAUUAUCCAAAACUUGUGUGCCGUGACCUUAUCUUCAAGGCUGAUGACAAACACACUGAAAUUGGACCAUCGGUUAAAGCAGUUGACAUUGAACUUCCGGGUCAUAAACAGUGUCGUCUGCUUGAAGUUCACCCGAUUGAAAAUGGAAUUGUGGUAGAUUGGGACGUAAUGCAAGAUGUUUAUGACAAGACUAUGACAAAAUUAGAAGUAAAUUCCGAGGAACAAAACGUAUUUAUAGCCGAAUCGCCUUUAAAUCCAAAUUAUAUGAGGGAAAAGUUAUCUGAAAUAAUGUUCGAGUAUUUGGAUGUACCAUCACUCUAUCUUCAGGACACAUCUGUAUUAUCUUUGCUCAGUUCUGGACUGACGACAGGGACUGUCGUAGAGUCCGGAGAUUCUUCCACAUACACAAGUGUUGUGUACGAGGGACAUCUCAUUAGAGAAACAAUACCAAAGACUUUCUAUGCAGGCAAGUCAUUGACUUAUUAUCUAUCAAAAAUGAUAUCUCAGAUAAAAAAUAAAACAUUCACAGUAGAUCCGCUGCCAUACUCAAAAGCAAUUAAAGAAAAGUUAGUGUUCGUCUCGGAAGAUUACGAAGCCGAUUUAAAGUUGGCAAAAUCUACCGAUUUUUAUGAAAGAAUUUACACUCUACCAGACGGCGAAUCCAUACGACUCAAUGAAGAAAGGCUAAUGUGUGGCGAGGGUUUAUUCAAGCCAUCAAUGUUUCAUUGCAAUUGUCCGGGUCUUCACCAGCAAAUAGAGAGAACUUUGAACCUUGCCGAACCAGAUAUACGAAAGUCUGCAUGUAAGAAUAUAGUUUUCUCUGGGGGAAACACCAUGUUCUCUGGGAUGACAAUGAGAAUGCAAAUAGAGAUGAACAAAAUAUUUCCGUCCGGUCUCGGCGUUAAAGUGAAGGAAAUCCCCCACGACGAACGCCGUUACUCGGCAUGGUGUGGGGGCUCUAUCAUGGCAUCACUGGACAGUAUGAGCUCAAAAUGGGUCACACGAGAAGACUAUAACGACCACGGACCGGCUGUGAUCAAUAUUAUGUGUAAGGAUUAAAAUGUAGAAAAAACGGGUACAUUUUAAAUGUGAUGUUGUUGGAAACUGACUCCAGAUUCAGAUAAUAAGAGUGCCGUAUUUUUAUUGAUUUUUAUUUCUUUGGAAUGUGUCUUGUUAAUUUUACCAAGCCUUAAAAAGAUAGUUAUAACGCCUACAGCAGACGAUUUUCAUCAGAUGUUUUAUUAUCCCUUAAGAUUACCAUGAUAUUAAUUUGUAUUUGAUUGCAUUUGUGCUGUGUCCUUUUCAAUCAUAGAAUGACAUAAUUUUAUAUCCAGGCUGAAUAUUAAACAUAUCGAAUGAUUCAGUACAAUGUUUCAGUACAAAUUCAACAUGUUUUAUUGUUUGGUUUUCUUUAGGGGUGUGUAUCUUUAGAGAUUUGAGCAUCUUUUCCAGAUACAUUGAAGUACCUGACUUUAAAGCUAUAACUCUUGGCUCUUAGGAAGUUGAAUUAUUUCAUGUAAGAAAGCUAUCCAUCUAGCUUACGGAAAGUGAGAGGUUUUGAUCUGUUUCCUGUCAGCUCAUAUGUCCCAUUCGCCCAUGCAAUAAAGCAUGGAGGGAUAUCAAUGGUCAGCAAGUGAUUUUUGUGGCAACUUAAACAAUUACCUUAUACUUAUACAUGAUUGUAUACAUUGUUUCUACUGUUGGUGGGACUAGAAAAAGGAAAAUUGAGUUAUAAUACAUAAAAAGACUGCAAAAUAUCAAAUGUAAAAAAGUACGA